UCUCGCACUUUCCUCCAGUCUCCGUCACUCUGAGUCGCUCUCACUCUCUCUCUGUGUCUCUAGAAAGCACUGAAACAGAGACCUUUUGGAGUUGUUCAUCUCUCCUUUUUCUGGAAAAUCAAACUGCGAAAUCAUGAUCGGGUCAAGCCUUCAAGGUUUGUAAUGAAAGUUUCCAGUUUGGCUGUUGAAGGGAUAAAUAACCUUCUGAUUCAGUUUUUAUAAGAUAUAUUGGUUACAAGGUAUUUUCUUGAUGGGGGGAGCUUGUUCUAGGAAGAGAGACCACCAAGACGAUGUUUAUGAUUUUCAGAGAGGGUUUUCUAGGAGAUAUGCUAAAAGUGGGAGUUCAAAGUGGUUGGCAACCUCCUUCACCCGCCCUGUUUUGGAUAUUCAACCAGGCACAAGGAACGGUCCUUCUCUCAUGGACUUGUGUGUCCGAAAAAUAUGCAAGGACAUCAAUAAAUUUAACACAUUCUCCAUGCUCCCAAGAGAUAUUAGUCAACAGAUCAUUAAUGAGUUGGUCUACUCUGGAUGCCUCACUGAUGUUUCUUUUGAAGGUUUCCGUGAUUGUGCUUUGCAGGAUCUUUACUUGGGGGAAUGUCCUGAUGUAAAUGAUAGUUGGAUGGAUGUCAUCUCCUCACAAGGGUCAUCUUUACUCUCUCUGGAUCUCUCUGGUUCUGAUGUUACUGACGAUGGGUUAAUUUAUCUUCAAGAUUGCAAAAGUCUCCAAGCAUUAAAUUUUAAUGAUUGUGACCACAUAUCAGACCAUGGCCUGGAACACAUCAGUGGUCUGUCUAGCUUGACAAAUUUGAGUUUUAGAAGAAACAGUGCAAUUACUGCUCAUGGAAUAAGUGCGUUUGCUAGUUUGAUUAACUUGAUGAAGUUGGACUUGGAGAAAUGCCCUGGGAUCCAUGGUGGACUUGUUCAUCUACAAGGCUUAACAAAACUAGAGUCUCUUAAUAUCAAAUGGUGCAACUCUAUAGACGAUGCUGACAUGAAACCUCUCUCAGAUCUUACAAAUUUGAAAUGCUUACAAAUCUGCUGCAGUAAGGUUACUGAUUUUGGCAUUACUUACUUGAAAGGCCUGCACAAUCUUUCUCUUUUGAACUUGGAGGGAUGCCCAGUUACUGCUGCAUGCUUGGACUCGCUUGCAGCUCUUGAUGGCCUGCUAUAUCUAAAUCUGAGCAGAUGUGGUCUGACUGAUGAAGGAUGUGAGAAGUUCUCCCGAUUUGGGAACUUAAAAGUAUUAAACUUGGGCUUCAAUGACAUCACUGAUGCUUUUCUGGUGCACUUGAAAGGUUUGACAAAUUUGGAGAGCUUGAACCUGGAUUCAUGUAAGAUUGGUGAUGAAGGGCUGGUUAACUUGACAGGCCUUCAACAUUUGAAAAGUUUGGAGUUGUCAGAUACUGUUGUUGGAAGCGGUGGGCUUCACCAUCUGUCAGGUUUGAUUAAUCUUGAAAGCAUAAAUCUUUCCUUCACUGUUGUUACUGACAGUGGUUUGAGGAAGCUGUCUGGUCUCUCGUCUCUCAAAUCCCUUAAUUUGGACACUCGCCAAAUUACAGAUUCUGGACUGGCAGCUCUUACAAGUAAGCAUGGCUUGACUGGAUUGACACACCUGGAUCUAUUUGGAGCUCGAAUUACAGACUCUGGAACAACCUAUCUGCGAAGCUUUAAAGAUCUGAAGUCGCUAGAAAUAUGUGGUGGUGGACUGACGGAUGUUGGAAUAAAGAAUAUUAAAGAUCUUUCAUCCUUGACCCUAUUGAAUCUAUCACAGAACUGCAACCUGACCGAUAAAACCUUGGAGUUGAUUUCUGGGUUGACAGGAUUGAUCUCUUUAAACGUAUCAAAUUCUCGUAUCACAAAUUCUGGACUUAAGCAUUUGAAAAUGCUGAAGAAUUUGAAAUCUCUGACAUUGGAGUCCUGCAAGGUAACAGCAAACGAAAUAAGGAAGCUUCAGAUGACUGACCUUCCAAACCUGGUAAACUUCCGCCCUGGAGGUAAAUGAAAUUUGUAACAUUAAGCUUCUGGCAGCAUGGACAGACAACUAUGUAUAUAAAAACACUAUGGAAGGAAGACAUCUGGUAAUUGUGUAUAUGGUUGGACGUGGAUGUGGUUUUCCAAAUGUCUAUAGAACUACGGAUUCGGAAAUUUGCUCCGUUUUCAUGUGAAGCUUUCAUCUGACAUCGAACUGUCAUGGAAGAUAAUGUGGAUAAAGCUUUCUUCCAAUGUCUAUAUUGUUGAGUCUCAUCCUAUGUUUUUAGUGUAUCCAGAACUGUCACCUGUGGUACUGAAAAAUUCUUGAUGGCUUAGAUGCAACAGUACUGUAAUGCUGUUUGUGUUCGGUUUUUUAUUUUACUGUUCGUUUAGGAAAACAUUUGGUAAUGGAGAAAAUGCUAAUGGAGCACAUUGUGCAGUCAGGAAUUUGUGUGUGCAGGGACCAUGUUAAUUAAGAAUAUGUAUUGCUAAACUGUGGUUGCGAAGAGUGAAAUUUGGUUGUAUAGAAAGCGAUCAUUUGUUAAGACAGACUUGUUUAUUUAUAAAUAUUUUUAGUGUAAAUUACACAUAAUUACUUCAA